AUGUCAAGAAGGAAUUUAUUGGACAAACUAUCUUUCCAGGAUCUCGAUAAAAUAUUAAAAGAAACAAAGAAAAAGCCUGUGUCAGAAAGAACGAAUAAAGAAAAAAUGGUCCAAGGCUCAUUUGGCAUGACUAGCGUUAAAUGCCGAAGCAUUAUCGAAAUUGAAUCACGAUCAGUGUCAAUUGCAAGAUAUGACAAUGUAAAACGUUAUGAGAACAAUGAGUUAGCAGAGACUGCUGAUCACAGUAUGUUUGGAAAUGAUUCAAAACUAAAUGAACGACCACCUCAGCGCAUGUGUUUUGAAUGGUCUAGUGAGCAAAACUCCAGUAAUAAAAUUUGGAAAAAUGUAUUAUCUAUAAAAAAACAAAAGUCAGGUCACCAACCACUUGGCAUACAAAAGACUAAGGAGAGGACUGUGCUGGACUCUUUCUCCACAAUGAAAAGUGACGAUGAAUGUUUAGGAUCUCCAGUUGAAGGAAAAGCAGGAUCUCUUUGUUCAAAGAAGCUUUCAAAAAAAGUUCACCUCGCCGUUGUUUUGGACAAAUGGAUAGAUAGAAGAUGCGAAUCAUGCAAUGCUCGAUUAACAUCGUUCAAUUUAAUCAAGAAACGGACACGUUGGUGCUCCAAAACUUGCAGAGCACUAGUGCAUUUACAAGACAAAUCGAGCACAACAGAAAAAGCAGUCUCAAUGUUCGCCAUGUCAUGGUGCAGUUCUGAAGAAGUUUUAUUAAGUGAUAAAAAUAUUGAACGCGGAAUUCCGGCAGAGGAAUUAAUGGAUGAGGCAAAUAUGCUUGAGCAAGUUGACAGUAUGCUGCCUGCGGCAACUGACUAUAUUCUAUCGUGGUGUGGAACAAAAAAGAUGGAAAUUUCGAAUAUUUCUCGGGUACCACACUGA